AUGGAUAUCGAUAACAGCAAAUAUUACAUUGAAAGCGAACAGAUUCCUGAAGAUGACAAUGCAUCUUCUAUAGUAUCGGUUAAAAUCGAAGAUUUACCAGACACAUUGAAAGAUGAUGAACUUGAUCCACUUGUCUUGAGAGUCAAGGAGACGAUAAAAGACUCAGAAGCAAAGGAAAGGUUUGAUGGACUCGCUUCUGAUGUUCAUUCUCAAGUUUCUCCUCCAUCUGUUGAUCAGUUUUUCCGUAAUUACUUACAAAACAAUGGAUUUCUUGAGACUCUUAAUGUCUUCCAGGCAGAAUGGUUCAAGUUCUUGCAUAGAGGUUUAUUGAAUAAAGAAGCUGCCCCAGUUCCUGAUAUUUAUAUACAGAACGAUGAGCUGAGAAAUAUGAUAGAAGAUAUAAGAUCAGAAAAUCUGACUUUAAAAAAUUCAGUUUUGAAACUAAGUGAUGAGUUGAAAAAAGUUAGGAAUGAACGAGAUUAUCACAUGAUCAAGCACAGACAAACGUUACAAGAUAAAGAGAAGCUACACUGUGACGUAAAAAGAGUAAAAGAACAUUAUGCUGAAUAUGAGCCAAUUUUAAGAUUAUUAAGACAAAAAUAUGAAACAGCAAUGAAAGAAAAAACGUUACGUAGAAUUGAACGAGACAAAGCUAUGAACCAAGUUGAAGGACUUCGACAUGCUUUAACUUCAUUGCAAAAAUUAGGUAUAACGUCUAAUGAUGCAAACGAUAUUGAAAAUGUUGAUCUGAAUCAUAAAGUAACUGAGAAAAGGUUGGAAAGUACAACAAGUAGACAGAAUAAAAAAGAAACUGAUCAAAAGUGUAAAAAGAAUUAUAUGAGAUCAGAAAAGUUUAAUAUCCAAACUAAACUGGAUCAUAAUUUGAAAAGGAUUGGAUUUUGUGAUUUAUCUAUUGAUUAUAAAGUGAAUCCAUUAUUGGCAAAACUUACAAAUCAUUCAUAUAAAUUUACACGAUUAGAUAAUAGAAAAUUAGAUAUGAGUAUACGGGCUCAUAAUGCAGCUAUUAGCAAAUUAGCUAUUCAUUCAAAUAAAUCAUGGUUAUGUUCAGUUGGUGAUGAUAAAUUAUGGAAAUUGUGGAAAAUUCCAAAAUUAGAAUUAUUAAUGGAAUAUAAACUAAUAACAAAUGAUUGGAUAUCAUCAAUUGAUUUUCAUCCUAAAGAAGAAAUAUUAGCAACAGGAAAUGCUCAAGGUUCUAUUCAAAUAUGGAAAAUUGACCUUAUCGAUGACAAGAUAUCGGAACAGAAUCAUUGUAAACGUAUUGGUAUUUUACGUCAGCAUACUGGAGCUGUUUGGUCUGUGAAUUGGCAUUGGACUGGUACUUAUUUAGCUAGUUGCGGUAUGGAUAAUACAAUACGUCUAUGGAAUGUUGAACACGCUAUGAUGUCAUUUAAAAUGAAUAAAGAAUUAUUAAGCACACGUUCUGCAACAUCAUGUUGUACAAUACUUAGAGGGCAUAGUAAAUCAGUGAAUUCUAUUCAAUUUUUACCUUAUGGAAAUAUUUUAGUUACUGGUUCAUCAGACAGAACAGUGUGUUUAUGGGAUGGUCGUUCGGGUUUGUGUGAGCAUACAUUUCUUGGUCAUACACAUUCAAUCAAUUGUGCUAUAUUUAAUCAACAAGGUACCAAUGUGAAAUGUUUGCCUACUUGUUUUGAUUUGAAUAAAACUCGAAAAUUUGAUCGUUUCAAUCAUCAUCAUCCUCAUCAACAACAUUCUAAUCAUCAUCCAAAUCCUACAUCUAUACAACAUAAACAAUUAGAACAACGAAAUAAACUUGGAAUUAAUCAAUUAGUUAUUGAUUUGAAUAGUGAAUAUAUUGUUGCUGGUUGUGAUGAUUCUAAAAUUUAUUGUAUAGAAAUAUCAACUGGUCAAAUAUCUACAUUACAAGGACAUGAUGAUUCGGUUCAAUCGAUUGUAUUAGAUUAUGAAUCAGGAUAUUUAUAUUCAGCAUCCAGUGAUCAAAAAGUAUGUUCAUGGAUUUGA